GGUUGCUACUGUAGCGUUUGGCAUGGGCAUUGAUAAGCCUGACGUCAGGUUUGUCAUCCAUCACACCAUCAGCAAGUCCAUUGAGAACUAUUACCAAGAGAGUGGACGUGCAGGUCGAGAUGACUGUCCAGCAGACUGCAUCGUCUACUUUGGCUUCUCUGAUAUCUUCAGGAUCAGCACCAUGGUGGUCAUGGAGAAUGUCGGUCAGCAGAAGCUGCUGCAGAUGGUCGACUACUGCCAGAAUGUUGAAAGGUAGCACGCACACACUGUUGGG